AUGCCUUUACCUCCGGCCCUGUUAGCGCGUUUAAAGAAACGGGGUCUAGUUAAAGCAGAAAAAAAGGAGGUAUUCGCUGAGAAUUACGAUGAAGAAUCUGAACCGGCCCAAGAAACAGCAAUACACUUAGAAAAUCCGAUAGCCAUCGAUAACACACAUACUAUCAGCCCACUGCCCAUCAUUGAGAACGGAAUUCUGAUUUACGAGUGCGCACAAUGUCCUAACUUGCAGAAUCCUUACCAUAACUGUGUGGCAUAUUGUUUUGAACGGUAUGGAAGACGUAAGUUCUUUUCGGAUUUACGGAAUAUGAGACUGAAAAAUCGUAUGCUUCAACGAUAUCCUCUCCCAAGUCACUGGUUAGAAGUGGGUGACCCCAGUACCGGCAGGUUUUACUAUUGGAACACGAAAACGGACGAUGUUUGUUGGCUGUCCCCAUUACAUCCAAGAGCAAAAAUCAGUCAACCCGGAGACAUUGUUCGAGCGAACAUGCUUCGCGAACGGGACGCCGCCCGCGCUGCUGCCGGUGCAGCGACCGCCGCAGUUUUAGCUGCUGAACGUAAACGAGGUGCACGACAUUCGGAGGAUGAGGAUGAACCGGAUGAUCGUGAUGAAGACAAAGAUCAUCAUGACGAGGACGAUGAGGAUGACGACGAUCAACGGCCAAGGGAGCAUGCGGACUCGGCCAGCGAUGAAGAGAAUGCUUCAAGAAGAUCGGGACAUCGUUCUCAUAUGCGUGGCUCUGUCUCGCCGGAGAAUGAGGCAAGCAAAACCGGUCAUCCAUCUCGAUGGGAUCGCGGUCGUUCGGAGGCCGAUCCGAUCCGUUUCAAGGGCACAUGGAGUGCAGGCUUAGAGGUCAAAUCUACCAUGCCCGCUGCAAAAACAGGUGUCGACGAGACCGCCUCCGGAUCGCUAUAUCAGCAAAGACCGUAUCCAAGCCCUGGCGAUAUCUUACGGGCGAAUGCGGCAGCUCAAGCUCGUUCGAAUCUGUCUGAAAAUGAUGUCGGGUAG